ACGUAAGUUAAUUGCUGAGAUCACAUUGAAUUAAAUUGAACUUGAAUAAGUUACGAGUUAAUUGUUGACUAAAUAUGUUGUUUGUUAUUUUCUCGUGUUUUCUUUGGACACUAAUUAGUGCCAAUGAUUUAACACCAAUCGUAUCGAUCUCAAGUGGUCCCGUUCAAGGCAAAUUUGUUGAUUUUAACGGAAUCAAAGUCGCUCAUUUUCUUGGUGUUCCUUAUGCUAAACCACCGAUCAAAUCAUUACGAUUCCAAUCACCGGAAAAAGGACCCUGGACCGAAGUGAGAUCGGUAACUAAUUAUGGUGCUUCGUGUCCACAACGAAGUGAACAUAUUAAACCUGAAGAAACAAAUGAAGAUUGUCUCUUCCUUAAUGUCUAUGUUACCGAGUCCACAUUUAAUUCAUCGGCAACUCGAAAACGACCUGUUCUUUUCUGGAUACAUGGCGGUGCUUUGACCAUGGGUUCGGGCAAUGAAUUCUAUCCUGGCCUUCCAAUGGUACCUUUCGAAGAUGUGAUCCUGGUGACCCAUAAUUAUCGUCUUAAUGCUUUUGGUUUCAUGUAUUUCGGUGCAGGCGAACCAAGGAUUCCGUCCAAUAUUGGACUUCGAGAUCAACUUAUGGCCAUGCAAUGGGUUCGAGAAAAUAUCGCAAAAUUUGGCGGUGAUCCUAAUCAAGUGACCAUUUUUGGUGAAUCUGCUGGUUCCAUGUCAGUUUCGGCUCAUAUCUUGUCCCCACUGACCAAAGGUCUGUUCAAACGAGCAAUUCUCGAAUCAGGAACGAUUUACAAUCCAGUCGAUGAUCCAAGUUUCUUCAUUGGCAAUGCUUGGUCAGUUCUUAAUCGAACCUCAUGUGCCUCAUCUCACGAUAUUCUGACCUGUUUACAAGGCUUAUCGGUACCCGAAAUUAUUGACAAUCAAUCUGAUGGUUUACUUAGAUUCCGUUGGGUUUACGGAGAUGAUUUUCUUCCCUUCACUGUAAACGAAGCUUUCGAUCAAGGUUUAUACGAUGAUUCGGUUGAUCUAUUGGUUGGUACUGAGAAAAAUGAAUUUUCCAUUUUCAUGGCCAAACUUGACGCCAAACUGUUUAAUCCAGUUGAUCCUUCACCAAUGGAUUAUCAAACUGCUCUUGGUUAUUUAGCGUUAACUUUCAAACAAGAAUCUCUUGAUUAUUUCCGUGAACUUUAUUUCGGCCCACCAACCAGUGAUUCCGCCUUUUUAAGGUCACAAUUGGAAAAGGCUUAUAGUGAUACCGCUUUACUUUGUCCAACUUAUAUGUUUGGCCUUAAAUUUGCCAAAAAUGGUCAGCAAAGUGGUAAAGUAUUCGGAUAUUAUCAUACACAAAAGGCCAAAUCGACGAUGUUUCCUCCCUGUGAUGCAAGUUCAUGGAUGGGAACUUGUCAUGCCGGUGAAAUCCCGUUCGUCUUUGGAUUUCCUUUCCUUGACCCUAAUGCUACCCAAUCUGAAAGAGAUUUAAGUUCACAGGUCAUGAAAAUUUGGGCUCAUUUUGCUGAAUUCGGUAAACCUCCAAGUGUUGGUGGAACCGAAUGGAAAACUUUAGACUCCGAUGAAUCAGCGAUGAUCUUGAAUGUCGCCGAUUUCGGUAAAGUUGAUCGAGAACGAGUUCAAUUCUGUCAACAACAAUGGGACAAUUUCACUCUCCAUGGUAGCCUACAAUUAGCUUACCUCUUGGGUGCUGCUUGAUCAUUCAAAUUGUCCAAAGAAUAUAUUUAAUCCAAUCAAUAAAAUAAUCUAAAUGUAGAUAAUUAUGAUUAUCAAUCCAAAUCAUAUGGUCUUCAUUUCUGUUUGUAUCUCAAUCUCCUUCUUGUUGUCUUUCAAAUCUAAAUAAGAGAGAGAGAAAGAGAAUUAAAUUUAAAUUAAUAAACAAGAAUUGGAAGUCAA